AUGGGUAAGUUCAGGCAUAUUGAAUGUUCGGCAAUGACGCAUCAUGUGCUCGGAGAUAAACUGGAUGUGCACACGGGUGGAGUGGACCUGCGUUUUCCUCAUCACAACAAUGAGAUUGCACAGUGUGAAGCGCAUAACUAUGGACCUCAGUGUGAGCAUGAUAAAGAGUGGUGCAAACACUUUGUGCACUUUGGACACUUGUAUAUUCGCGGAAGGAAAAUGUCCAAGUCGCUGAAGAACUUCAUUUCAGUGAAGGAUUUUUUGAAUGAUGGACACACGGCGGAUCAUUUCCGCCUAAUUUGCCUGCAGUUUAAUAAUCGUGAUAUUUGUAGCAGCGAUACUAAAAUUAAAGGAAUCAAGUCAAAACGCUGUGAGAAACAAGACCUGGAAGUGUUAGACGCACUGUUCAUGACCCAAGCACAGGUGGACGAAGGUUUAUUGGAUGAUUUAGACACGCCACGCGCCCUAUCACUUGUAUUGAACCUGAUAUCGCGUGGAAACACGUACUUGCUGGCACACCGAGGCGAUGAUCAGGCUCCUGAGGAGGUGCUAAUUGCAUUGACUAGUUACGUGCUUGAGGUGCUUGACCUUUUCGGACUGGAGGGACUUCAUGCCGAGUUUUCUGCCAUGAUGCGCCGUCGAUUCACUGUUUCAGUCAAAAAGCAGCAGCUGAAUGAAAGGGACGAAUUGGUUAGCAGGGACGAACAGGAGGCUCUACUUUACUCUUUGAUCAAAUUUCGUGCUGCUGUGCGAGAAGAAGCUUUGCGUAACCUUAAUCAGUCAGGCAACAUGCGCAUUCUUGCGUUAUGUGACACAUUGCGCAACGAGGAGCUACCUCAGUUAGGUAUUCAAGUCGAGGAUCUUGCGCCAGGAUCCUCCGUGUUUAAGCUGCUCUCGCUUGAAGAACGAGAAGCAGUUCGAAGAGUAGAAUCAGAUGAACAGGAAAUAAAAACUGAUGGCGAGGCAGCGCUAGAACUGCGGAACAAACAGCAGGAGCUUGAGAUGCUGAUGCAGAUUGCUCCCUCAGAUUUGUUCAGGAAAUCGCCGGAGUUUGCCGACCGAUUCAACAUGUUUGACACGAAUGGAUUCCCAACGCUCGAGAAUGGCGAGCCUAUUAAGAAAAGCCAACGUAAGAAGCUUGCGAAGAAAUUGGCCAAAUAUGAAAAAUCCUACAUGAAGUACUGGAAAACCCGAGACAAUGGUCAGUAA